AUGAUUGAACAUCAAGCAAAAAGUAUAUGUGCUAUUGGUAAGUCCAUGAAAAAGCCCAAGCCUACUACCAAGGUACCGAAACUACCAUCUUGGCUAUGUGGAGACCUACAUUAUGUCAAGUUCUGUCCAUUUAACAAGCACAAGUGUUCUACUUGUCAUCAAAUGGGACAUAAAGACAAUUAUUAUGUCAGUGCUAAAACUGGUUAUACACCCAAAACAAAUUACACUGACAAUAACAAUGGCAACAUCAAAACUAAAACGCCAAAGAAGUUCAACACUUCAAAGUUAGGCUACCGUACCAACGCCGGAAUUUCUACAAAACGGUUACAGUUCCAAGAACUACAUACUGCAUCUGACAUAUCAAUAAUAUCAACAAAAACUUGGGAAACUAUUGGUAAGCCUGAGGCAUUCACUACCAAUGACAGCGCCAACGACGUCAACACUAACAAAAUCAAUCUUCUCGCUAAAUUCAACUGCUUUGUUUCUCACGGUGAUGCUACAAUGGACCUUCAAUGCUACAUUACUGACAUCGAAGAAUUGAAUAUUAUGGGCAUAGAUUGGAUCGAAGCAUUUAAGCUUUGGGAUCAACCAAUAUCAGCUUGGUGUCGAAGUAUUAGUACCAAACGUCCCGUUCCCUAUGCUGUUAGGACGGAAAUCGAAACUGAGCUUCAAAGACUUGAAGAUGGACGUAUAAUUACUCCCGUAGAUACAUCUAAAUGGGCUGCACCAAUCGCUGUUAGCCGAAGAAAUGGUAAGACAAGAAUUUGUGGAGACUACUCCACCGGUCUCAACAACAUGAUAGAGCCAAACCAAUAUCCUUUGCCGACGCCUGAGGAAAUAUUAUCACACUGUCACGAUAGUGCCGUGUUUACACACUUAGACUUGUCAGACGCCUAUCUGCAAGUUGAAGUCGAUGACGAAAGUAAGGACUUGCUUACUGUUAACACCCACAAGGGUUUAUACAAAUUCAACCAGCUCACACCAGGUAUUAAAUCCGCCCCAGGGGCCUUCCAACGUAUAAUGGACCAGCUCUGUUCUGGCAUUAAUGGUGCAAAAACUUAUAUAGAUGAUAUAAUAUUAUCAAGAAGUUUACACUUCACACAGACCACAAUUUUUGGUUCCAAGAAGGAUAUUCCCGUUUAUACCGCCAAUCGUUUACAACGUUGGGCACUUAUUUUACUUGCAUACGACUUCGAGAUAAAAUACACCAACACACAAGAUUUUGGACAUGCUGACGUAUUGUCACGUCUAAUUGACAAUCAUGAAAAACCAUCUGAUGAUUUUAUCAUCGCAUUAAUUUCUAUGGAUAAUGAUAUUAGAAGUGACCUCAACGAAUCUGUUUCAGCUAUUCCUGUUUCUUACAACAUGGUCGUUCAGGAAACCAAAAAUGAUGCUACUCUUCAGAACGUUAUUCAUAACAUGAAUCAUGGUUGGCCUGAAAAUAAAGCAGCUGAACAAGAAAGUAGCAUGCUUACUGUAAGAGAUGAAGUCGAGAGAUGA